AAAAGGCUCAUUUUCGAGCACCAUCUUAAGCCGGCCAUUUGCGGGGACAUUUGUUGACACAUCUCAAUUUGUACGAGAAAGUUGAGACCAUUUGAGCCUUGUUUAGCGUCCUCCUCUUACUCACCUUGAAAAUCAUUCCGACCUUCAACACAACCCGCGAAAUACCGCGUAUAGGAGUCACCAUUCAGCGCAGGAAUUCCCGCUCGAAACCCAUCAUCUCCACGCACGGUCCCCACAGUCCAGAACCAUAGGCAAGCUCCGCUUAGGUACAGCACUCGAGCUGCUUACUAGAAUCCAAAUCAACCCAAAACGAGCUCUUCCGUCGUCCAACUUUUCUCGUUCUCGACAUCAAUAUGUCUGGCGCGUUCACCAUGCCUCACGCCCUAACGGGCGGACCGGGGUACAAGGCCAACGCGACCUAUGACGAAUUUCUCCGCAAACACAGUGGAUUCUACCGACGCCACAGCGCUGCUUCGAACGCCUUGGAGGGUGACCGACGGGCUUCCCAGGCCUCGCUGGACGCCAACGCUUCUGCAGCCGCACAAGCCGUCCAGAAUGUCGCUUCUGACAAUGCCCACCGGCGUGGCUCGGUCACCGCUGCAGGAGGCGGCGCCGCAGUGGCCAAUUCCAGGAAAGGCAGCGUCGCUGUGGCCAGCGACGUGACCAGGAAAGACAGCAUUAUUGGACUGGAGCCGACCGGGGGCCAGAGGAUGUCGGAGGAACGUAGACCUUCUACCUCUCUUGCUAAUGACCUGUUCCACAAGAUCAAAGGAGAUCGCCAGGCGAGCCAUUGACGGGUUUCUUUCUGUCUGUACUGUGCCGUGGUGAGUUGGAAAGUUUGCACAAAGGUUUCACGGUGGAUAUUCUUGCAGAAUCACGUCUCGGUUUGGGGAGACAAGCGGCUCUGUGUUUGGGUCAUGUCGAUGUCGUUGGGGGAGUGAGUGAUGACAAGAGUCGGUUGUCGCGUUCAUCUGUGUUAUGGUUGGUUUCAGCUCUGUUUGUAUUCUUUCGAUCACAUCCGCUAUAUGGGAGUCUUAGUGCGCAAAUCCAUAACAAUACAAUGCUGAUAAUUGUUUUCUCGAA